GUAAACGGUGGGGCCCACGCCCCUGUCUCUCAACCGCGGCAGUGAUGAAUGGCGGCCGACCCAUUUAAAACCCUCGUUUGCACAGGGUCCCAGAUUCCCAUCUCCCCACCCACCCUCUACUGCUUGCUACUCUCUCUCUAGCAAUGGCGGCCGCCGCGGGUUGCGAGGCCCUGGCCACCUACCUCGGCGUCAGCUUCGCGCUCUUCCUCGCCACCCUCCCGGGCGGCGCUUCCUCCGGCGCGCGCCACGUCGCGUCUUUGCAGUCGCGCGGCCGCCUGCUGGCGACGCGCCUGCUCGCCGCCGAGGACCAGCUCCGCCAGCUGCGCGCGCGCCGCCGCGAGGACGCCCGGGCCAACGCCCGCGCCGCCGAGAUCUUCGCGGGCCACCGCGCCGCCUGGAUGGAGGCCGAGCGCCGCCUCCUCGCGCGCACCGCGGCCGCAGGGGACGAGGCCGCGUCCCUCCGCGCGCGGCUCGCCGAGGCCGAGGCCGAGGCCGCCGCGCUAAGAGCGCGCGUGGAGCGGCUCGAGUGCGAGGCCGCCGAGCGCGACGACCUGCUCACCGCGCUCCUCGCGGCUACGCGCUCCGGCGGCGAUGCCGAGCUCCGCGCCAGCGAGGAGGAACGAGUCCUCGACGCACGGGAGGAGGAGCAGGGGCCGGUGGAUCCAGCCGAUCCGUGCGGUGCUGAGACGACCGACGCUGAGACCCUGGCUGCGGCCGCGGCUCUCUACGCUCAGCAGCGGCAGAAGAACGAGGGCUUUGGCGACGAGUUCUACACGGCGGCGUCGGGAAUGCCGCCUUGGACGGAGCUAUCAAAAGGGUGGCAGGACCUGAAGUAUGAUACAGUUGAGUCAACAUACAACACAAAGCAUACUGCACCAUGGAGAGAAUCACCCUGGAAGGUGGACGUAGAAUCAUCAGGAGUUCCUGCUAAGCUUAGGUUGCUUGAGCAGGAAUUAAUUAACCUGGAAAAGGUAGUGAAUGGAGAUUUAUCCAAGAUUCCAUUGGUGAUGAGAAAGCAAGUGAAAAGAUACCAAACUCUCGCUGGGAAAAUUGACGAUCUUUGCAAACGAAUGCAAACAAGUGACCCUUGUGAUUCAACACUUGGCUCAGAGUUUAGAACACAGCGGCAAACAGAAUUCUUGCUGGAAGCAUUCCACCUUCAGCAUCGAGCAACUGAAACAAGGCAGAAGCUCAGCACACUGCAAGCAGAGACCGCAAAAAGCAGCUUUGGUGAUGAGCUAACAGCAGAAGCCAAAAUGUGCACAAGAAGAGCACUAAGUUCGAUUAGGAAUAACUUCAAGGAAAUCCAGCGAAGCCUGGAGAUUUGGCUGGCAAGAAUUCUGGGAGACCUUGAGGGCAUGCUGGCAAGGGAUGGGGCCUCACGCAUAAGAGAAUAUUUUCUGUCUCCGUAUGCUUCUGCUGUUCGAUGAGCGCUGGUUUCGUGCAAUGGUCAUCUUCCCUGACAACUAUAACAUUGACUGCAUUCGCACCGCAGCACAGCCUGUUGGUGCGGCCUCAGGAGGUAAAAUAUCGCAUUCAAGUUCAUGCUUACUCCUAGAUCCCCCUUGGUCUUCAUGGACAUUCUUGCAAGCUUUAACAAAAUUGAGGAGAAGUAAUUUUUGCAGGCAGAAAGAAAGAUUGUUUUUUACAAUUUAAAAAAAUGUCUUUUUCCCCGUAGAACCAGAUUUUGGCACUGAAUUUGACCAUGUUCUAGAUCACUUGUCUUCGUAUUUGUCAAAUUUAUGUUAAGAGUUCCAUGAGGCAUGGACACCGUAGGCAUGCUUGCAUGAAACAGAGGACCUCAGUGUACUUUGCACAUGCUGUUAUCAGGCGCCCCAAAAUCAGUUUGCGCUGUUUGCAGGCUUUAGCUGCCUCCCAGUAGUUCUUCGUUUGAUUAAGAGUUGUACAGUUGUAUGCUUAUGAUUCUGAUGGAUGCACUAAACUGAAUCUAGAACAGAUGUAUUGGAUGUGAUAAACUGUAUUCUU